AUGUUCUCGCAGCCAGUGGUCCCAUCACCGCCGCCUGGGCUGACACCCUCGACGAGCCUGCCCUCGCCUUCUAGAACAAGCCGACUGCGAGGCCUCAGCAUCUUGCGCAACUACACGCACAACCAUCUGCUGUCGCGUGACAGCAGCCACCACGCCGUCGGCACCAGCAACAGCAACAGCACCGGCAACGGCAAUAGCAAUAGCAACAGCAACAGCAGCGGCGGCAGCUCGCCCUCAACCAGCCAGUCUGGUAACAGCCUCACGCGCUCCGUCAGCUACUCCCCCGGAGCCACGACGACGACAACCACGACAACGACAACCACGACAACGACGACAAACGCCUCGGCCUCAAUCAACACCAACCGACUGACGCUGGUGGCCACAUCUCCCGCCUUGGCCACUACGUCCCCGUCACGGGCCGCGGACGCUCUCGCCAGCUCUUCAGCCCAACCCGGCGCCUCCUCCUCCUCAUCCUCCUCCUCCUCGGCCUCGUCGCCGGCUGUCGAGACGCCCUCCGGCACCGCCGAGCAGCCCGCCAUGGCCCGAGCCAACGAGGGCUUCGGCUCGUCCGACAGCCAGCCGUCCAUCCGCUUCUCCGCCUACUACGACCCCCGAUCCACGCGGCCGUCGUUGUCCUUUCCGCCCAUUUCAAGGACGCUGUCCAACGGCACCGAGGUCAUCCGCGUCGGCCGAUACUCUGAGCGCGACACCCAAGCCCUGGCCGGCGCGUCCGGCCAUUCUGCCUCCGGGGCGCCCGUGGGCUUUAAGAGCAAAGUGGUCAGCCGUCGGCACUGCGAGUUCUGGUACGAGGACGGCAAGUGGUACAUCAAGGACGUCAAGAGCUCGUCCGGCACAUUCCUCAACCACAUACGAUUGAGCCCGCCCUCGCAGGAGAGCAAGGCCUUUCCCGUCAAUGAUGGCGACAUUGUCCAGCUCGGCAUUGACUUCAAGGGGGGAGAGGAGAUGAUUUUCCGCUGCGUCAAGAUGAGGCUGGAGCUCAACCGCGGGUGGCAGAAUAAGCCAAACACGUUCAACAUGGCCGCUCAUAAGAGGUUGCGUACCAUGGCGACUAACGGAGGUGGCUCUGUUUCGAGUUCAAAUUCCCAGGACUGCUCCAUCUGUCUCAACUCCAUUGCUCCGUGCCAAUCGCUCUUCGUUGCUCCUUGCUCUCACACGUGGCACUUCAAGUGUGUACGCUCUUUGCUCACCUCGCCGCAAUACCCCAUCUUCAUCUGUCCCAACUGCCGUGCUGGCGCCGACUUGGAAGCCGACGUCGAGGACGCUGGCGAGGAAUGGCAAAAUAUCGACGAAUUCACAGCCCCCAGCGACGCGGUGCCCCCUACCGUUGUUGAGACGCUCGCUCCGGAAGUUGUGCCGCCACUUGCCCCCCUGACCGAAGAUCCGCCCGAGGCGACGGUACAAGAAACAGACGCCAUGGAUGUCACCGUCAACUUUGCUGCAUCGGGCAGUCCGACGGCGCCGCACGCAACCUCAGACCCGUUGCCCAUUAGAAGUCGGUCCUCGGGUGCCGGUCGUGCGAGUCAUUUACGCGAGAACGGAACCCCCUCGCCACCUGGCAACGGGACUGAGGGGCUCAUUACUCCGAGAAACAACGCAGGCCCCUGGGUCUUUGACGGUACGGCAGGCCGACGGCCAGCCAGCGACAACGGCGAGAUGCCGAGCCUCGAUUCUGCAGCAGACGCCGACACGACCACGCACGAGUCCAGCGACGACGCUGCCAGCCGGUAGCACCAGGUCGAGCAACCGAUGAGCAUUCUGAUCGCGGUGAUGCUGUUAUACGCCGAUAUCGUCUUCCUACGGUGGU